CAUGGCAAUAUAUCAGUAGAAAGAGCCGAGCGAAUUCUGGAGCGGCUCGUUGGCCAGUUCACUUGCUAACUGAAUUAUAACGGAGGGACCAGUAGCCGCGGCCAGACACUCACACACGCUUGCAGUCAUGGUGAGCACCCCUCUGAGCACCGGUGCCACCGAGCACCUGGAGCACACAGCAAUGCAGAUCCUCCAGUUCAAGAUUUUAACCCUGAUUGACAACAAGGAGGAAAUAGACAAGUUCAACAACACAAUCGAAAUAUACUUGAAGGAUGGAAAAAUAAUACCCCUUGUGCAAGGAAUAAAGAGGGUCAUCAAAGUUCCAGCCCGGCUGCAGCUUUUCGACGAUGUCAGGCGCAUUGUGCCUCUGAGACAGCAAAUGGAGUACAACCUCAUAGUGCCAUACACCUCUAACCGGACAAGAAAUGUCGAGCUCAAGCGACGGGCUCCUUCUUACGAUUUCGGCUUCUCGAUUCGCGGUGGUCGUGAGCACGGAACCGGCUUUUUCGUUUCGCAUGUCGAGCCCAACUCAGAGGCCUUUUUCCAGAACUUGAAGGUUGGAGACCAAUUCGUCAGGAUAAACGGAUUUUCUGUCGAGUUUGCCAUUCACAGAGAAGUCUUGCAACUCAUUAAGAGCAGCACACACCUUUACCUCAGAGUUCGCAGUGUGGGAAUGAUUCCUGUCAAAGAUGGCCAGCAUUAUCACGAUAUGACUGAAGAGGAAUUGACCCUGCUGCUCCGCUACAACCGACCCGAGCGAGUUUCGCUGCCCGCCAACAUUGGUUCGUCGAGACGAUCUGGCGUUGUGACCGCGAGGGAGGUGCCACCAAGCUUGGGAAAAACUGGUCGAAGCGUCAGUCUUAGCUCUGUAAUCAAAAAGCAAGAUCCGUUGUCGUGGCAGGUGGUCGAAGGCCUCAGGUCGACAUCACCAACAUAUCCGAGUGGUCGGGUCUUGACUCGCGCCCAGUCCGAAAGCAACGUGCUCGACAGACAUUUGGAGGAAACCAAUGACAUCAAGCUUUACCUUGACCUGAGCCAACACAACAGUUUAGGAGUCAGCAUUUGCAGAGGAAACAAGAAUAGAACUGGAAUUUUCAUUCAGAGCAUUCGGGAGCACAGCUUGGCUGCAGAAGCUGGAUUUUUGCCUGGAGACCAAAUCAUCGAGUGCAACGGCACCAAUUUCGAGUUUAUCGAUUUCAAUGAUGCUGUAAAGAUUUUGAAGGAAGGCAAAAACCUCGACUUAGUCAUCAGACGUGGACUCGGCACGGAAUUUUUCGGUGAGAGUUCAGGUUACAAUUCGUCAUCAAGCAGCGUCAAUGGCGAUCACCACGCAGACGGCGGAAAACGGCUCUCUUUGAUCACUGAAGACCCAGAGGACGGGGAACGAAGCCGAUCUAACAGCCGUAGAGGACCUGAUGAAACUCUGGCCGUUGUGAUGGAACAUCCUGCUGACACAGUUGAUUCUAAGUUGCAGGAAAAAUUGGUCAAGGUCCUGGUUCAUCAGGAGGAAGAGGAAGCUCGCAUGAACCCACUGGCACAGAGUUCUUCAGGAAGUUCACUGUCAAGCUUCUCGUCUGCUGUCAGUCUUGAGGCCAAGCGCAGGGCAGAGAGACGCGAAGAUGACGACAAUAUCAGCGUGGCGUCGCAGGACAAGCGACGACAGCACGAAAUAGCCAUCACGGCCUUGCCUGCCGAGAGGAGGCAAAAGCACGCCCAGCUGAUGCAAGAGUUCCAGCAAGUGCACUCCAAAAUGUUUUCGAGCACAGUCAGCAGCCACAAAGAUUUCACCUCGCAUAAGGAUAGAGUUGCGAGUGCCAGGAAAGUUUCGGAGAGGAAUGCUUCCAUCGCCGCACUCAUCACUAGACAGGAGAUGCACAGCGACGCGAGAAAAUCGAGCGAGGUCGUUGAGAUGCCCUCCCUGGACACGCUCACCCUCAGCCCCAAUCCCAACCAGAUCAAGCCGCCGGCCGUUUACUUCGGUGGCAAACCAGGCAAAAGCACCCCUGGGGUGGUGACCAUUACCGAGUACCCCACUGAUCGACGACCGAAUCCCAACAAAUUCGAAUUCUUGGGACAAACCAACGGCCACAACGGAACACACCAUCACGAUGAUCAACAGUCGGCUCUCUCCUCUGAACUUAACUCGACUCUCUCGAGGUCUAACCUGCGUCAGUUGUCGGAGCCAAUGCCGACUCCGCCGCCUCCGCCGCUGUCCCCUCACCUGCAGGACAACCAUCACGAGGCGCCAGCGCGGGCUCAGAGUCCCGAGUCCAUCAGGAUUGACAUGAACGGGGACGCGUCGUCGGAGCUGCGAAGGGCGCGAAGCAAGCUGAGCGCGAUCAACGCCCUGGCCAGGGCCAGGUCGCCGCCGCCGGUGAUCGCGAGGAAGCCCAUCGCCAUUCCCUACUCGGAGCUGGUGAACCAGAGCAACCAGGUGGCCUUCGACCUGCCGAUCGGGACGCAGACCGGCCACGCAUUCGAGCAGAGCCCACGUUUCGACCGCAGCCCCAGCCCCGAGGCGGCCAAGCAGCCCCUGGUGCACAAGCCGCCCUCGCCCCCGGUGUACAAGCAGCAGCAGCCGGAUCAGGUCACCGUGAACGGCGGCAACCGCACCGCCAUGAUCAUGGACGCGCUGUCCAACAGAGUGACCAUCAAGUUUCCCAACGGCAACAACGCCAACUCGGCUGGAACGAGGGGGCUGGACUCCCUUUUGGCGACGGAACCCGCCGGACACGGUAUUUUGAAGAAUAAUGAUGCCAACACUGAGCUGCAGAAAAAGCACAACGCGCUUAUCCAACAGAAGAGCAUUACCUUUGGUGAAAUAAGUCAAAUCUGAUACUCUGCGGUUGUACGAGAGAUAAAAAGCAUGUGAAUAUAUAUCGUGGUAAAAACUAAUUUUCCUGUCAGAUGCACGCUCCUCUCAUUUCACCAACAUCGCGCACUUUUUUGUCUUUAUAUACUUUUCAGCUCUUCUCUCUCGCUCUUCGCAGCUUAAAAUAUAUUAACUAACACGCACUAUAUUCCGUCUCGCACACACUUUCCUAGAAUUAUUGUAUUCCUGGCAUUGAGUUUCGACAAAUAAACUUUUCUUUUGCAGAACCACAAUGAUGACAUGUAUUGAAAUUCGAGAUUGAGAACUGGGCUCAAACGAAUAAUUGGCGAACUCAUAAGCGAUGAGAAGAAGCUUGGUCGACAUUCGGGAUUGACAACAAAUUAAUCAACAACAUAUCUUUUAAGAUAUUUUCUGCGAAAAGCUUCGCGUGAAAAGUACAUAUAUGCUAUGUUUUUGGCUCCCACCUAAAAACCCGUAUUUUGUGUGUAAAUAGCUAUAUUUCCGGCGCACCUUUCAUAUUGUGACAUAAAAUUUAUACAAAAAUCUAUAUUAUUUAAUAUUUAAUAAUUUUUGUGCUAUAAAUCUAACGGCUAGUAAUUUGGAAUAAAAAUUUGUAUUAUUGUCUCUGCCAUUAAAUAUGGGUAAGUGUAUAGGAAAUAUUUUGUGUUUAAUUUGUGCAAAAUCGCAUUAAUAUUUUUAAGUAAACAAUUGAGCUGUAAUAUUGUGUAAAUUAGAAAUAAUUGUUAGAAUUUAUAAAUGAAACAUUAACUUUAGCUUGUAAAUAUAAAUUAAAUAAAUAAUUAUUCUACAAUAAACUA